AUGGAUACGUUUGAAAAAGAUAUGAGGAGCCUGUGGGUAGCGAUAGACGAGAGGGGCAAGCGGGUGGACGAGCGUGUGGCCAAGGUGGAAGACAAGGUGGACGGGAUGGAUAUCGGGGCGGGGCUGAUGGCUAACCGGAUUUCGGAUCUUGAAAAGGAGAGGGACUCUUUAAGGGACGAUGUUGUUUAUUUGAAGUCGCAAUCAAUGCGCAACAAUCUUGUAUUUACCGGGAUACCGGAAGACGGGGGCCAUGAGUCAUUCGAGGUAACGGAGAGAAAACUACGGGACCACCUUCAUACGGUGAUGAAGGUUGCUAAGGAAACCGCUCAAGGUAUCCGGUUUGAGCGGGUCCAUCGCUCCCCGAGCGCGCCGACUCCGGGAAAGACCAGAUCUAUUGUGGCCAAGUUCACUUAUUUUCAGGAUAGGGAGCUUGUGCGUAGGCAGUAUAAGGAACUUAUAAAUACUAAGUAUAAUGUAUUUGAACAGUUUCCCCCGGAAGUGGUUGCAAAACGACGGAGGCUACUUCCAAAGAUGAAAGAAGCACGGAGGCAAAACAAGAAGGCGUGGAUUGCGUAUGAUACGCUCUACAUCGAUGGUGUGGCCGUGAAGGAAUAG